AUGGAUCAGGCCUUGGCCGAGCAGCAUCAAUGGACCAUCUUGCGAUAUUCUCGGUCUAACGAUGAGGACAGCUGGGUCAUGCUGACCCGUGACGGCGAGAUUGUGCCUAUCCCCGGGGAGAAAAUCCUGCACACCUCACGGCCACGAGUCUCGCUGGAGAUCACGACGCCGAAAGAGCUCAAUAUCGCCAACCCAUACACUCUCAAAGUCGAUAAUGGCAUUGCCUACAUUACCAACGAGCGGGUAAGACCAUCCAUCCCACCGCCCCCUCUCCUUGUUAGGAAGUUGCUCAGAGCUCACCGGUCCCCCCUCUCACAGGUGAUAUAUCUCCCUAUUAGACCUAGCGAGAAUUUCAAGUCGUUCUUUGCGCCCGCCUUGAACUUUACCGACACCCAUGUACAGUCGUCAUGGAUUGGCCCCUGGAGCUGGGGUGGCACCGUCAGGCCUGUCCCCGGCGGCGGCAUCCCCAUGCACAUCCCCCGGAUCGAGGUCAAGUUUGUCUUCAGGGAUGGGGGUCACAGCGACUUCCAGAACAAGUACGAGUGGCUCAAGGAACGUCUUCACCAUGCCCGGGAAAUGGGGCUGAACCCCGGUUCGAACUUGGAGCCUCCUCCGCCCUACGAGGACAACGCGCCCGGAACUUCCUCCGGCCCGGCCGGCAGUGCCCCGGCCGGCACUUCUGAUCAGCCUCAGCCGCCUCCACCCGUUCCCGACGAGCCGCCCCCGGACUAUGUCGAGGCGCAGACUCAGGCUAUUUCGACGCAGUACGAGGAGAGAGUGAGGCAGGAUGCAGAGCGGCAAUGA